AUAGACCCCCCUCCUCCUCCUCCUGGUCCUCCUCCUCAGUGUGCGCUUUAAAACAGUGGCGGAUUUCUCCUCCAGCAGGCAGAGCAGUCUGGAAGCAGCCUCCCUCAUCUUCUCCUCCCUGGGCAGCCUGACCAGAACCUCCUCCUCUUCACCCCCGGUGACCAGCAGAAACAGAGGAAGAGAAGGAGGAUAUGUUGACUCCUCAGAUCAGCGUGGCACUGAGUUCAGCGUCUUCUUGAUUCAUUAAAGGACAGACGUCUCCCUGUGGCCAGCGACCGUCCCAGGCAUCCAGGAGCUGAAGACCUCCUCUCCCACAGCCAUGGCCUUCACCCUGUCAGAGAUCAUGGCGGCCAGGCGGCAGCAGUCCCAGGCGCAGUCUCAUGCUCAGAGGGGCGGCAGGGCGGCCGUGGAAGUGGACGAGUACAGCACCAACCCCACUCAGGCCUUCACCUUUUACAACAUCAACCAGGGACGCUUCCAGCCGCCACACGUCCACAUGGUGGACCCGAUGCCCCACGACGCCCCCAAACCACCGGGCUACACCCGCUUUGUUUGUGUGUCGGACACUCAUUCGCGCACCGACGCCAUCCAGAUGCCCUACGGAGACGUCUUCAUCCACGCAGGAGACUUCACGGAGCUGGGCCUGCCCUCUGAGGUCAAGAAGUUCAACGACUGGCUGGGCACGCUGCCCUACGACAUUAAAAUCGUGAUUGCUGGAAACCACGAGCUGACCUUCGAUCAGGAGUUCAUGGCAGAUCUCAUCAAGCAGGACUUCUACUACUUCCCCUCAGCCUCCAAGCUGAAGCCGGAGAAUUAUGAAAACGUCCAGUCGCUGCUCACCAACUGCAUCUACCUGCAGGACUCGGAGGUCACGGUGCGAGGCUUCAGGAUCUACGGCUCUCCAUGGCAGCCUUGGUACUAUGGCUGGGGCUUCAACCUACCGCGGGGCCAGGCUCUUCUGGACAAAUGGAACCAGAUUCCGGACAACACAGACAUCCUGGUGACACACUGCCCCCCACUGGGGUUUCUGGACUGGGUUCCUAAAAAGAUGCAGCGUGUCGGAUGCAUGGAGCUGCUCAACACGGUUCAGAGGAGGGUUCAGCCUAAAUUACACGUGUUUGGACACAUUCACGAAGGCUAUGGCAUGAUGACAGACGGCACCACCACGUUCAUCAACGCCUCGGCCUGCACCGUUAACUUCCUCCCCAUGAACCCCCCCAUCGUCUUCGACCUUCCCAACCCUAGAUCCACAUGACUAGAACAGACUGGACCCCAAAGCAGCGGUGGAGAGAAAGGGGCCCCAAACAGGCAGCUGUAUCUGCAGGGCUGUGCAGGUGGAGCCGUGUAGAUAUAAUCCAGGUGUGUUUCCGGACUGUGAGAGGGGCGGAUGAUGGACGCUUCCUCCGUCUCUGCGUUUCUCCAUCUGCUAUAAGCUGAUGGGGAACCUUCUCAUGCAGAGACGCCUUGAAAGGCAGACAUUUUCUACCAGCUCUGUGUCCUUCUGCUCUGACAAUCUGAGGCUGCUGAUGGAGGCAUGAAGACGCUGCUUCAUUCUAACAAACACUAAAACGGCCCCACUCCUCCUACUGCUCCUCCUCCUCCUGCUCCUCCUCAUCAUCAUCGUCGCUGCAGAGCUUUGGCUCAGCAGCUGUGGAACGUUUCUGACCCUCUGUCCCUUUUAUAAUCCCCCUGCCCUGUCAGACACUUCCUCUCCUCUCCUCUCCUCUCCUCUCCUCUCCUCUCCUCUCCUCUCCUCUCCUCUCCUCUCCUCUCCUCUCCUCUCCUCUCCUCUCCUCUCCUCUCCUCUCCUCUCCUCUCCUCUCCUCUCCUCUCCUCUCCUCUCCUCUCCUCUCCUCUCCUCUCCUCUGUAAAGUUCCUCCAUUCAUGCUGUUUCUAUGCUGUGAUUUUACGCUGUACAUAUCAGUGGGUGCAGAAAGUAUUCAAACCCCUUUAACUUUUAGAAAUAAAAAUAAAAUGGCUGCAAUGACUCAACGAGUGAGAAAUUUAAAGGGGUGUGAAUGCUUUCCGUACCCACUGUAUCUGUGGUCGUUGCUACUAAUAAUGUAAAUGCUUGUGGUGAUAUUUCCUCCUUCUGUUGGUCCAUAUCGACUGAUUAAUUCUUUCAUGUCUUUUGUAUCUAAAUGGAGAUCAAAUGUUUUCAAUCUUUGGGUUUUUACGGCCCAGUGGUGGAGCUGAGCCUCUGUCCUCCGCUGCCCUCUUCCCUCCUCAGCACUUUACAACAUGUUGCACAACAGCCAGAAGGAAAGGUUUGUUUCUCUUGUUCCUCUCAGGCAUCCUGCCAGCAGACCAUUCUGCAGAACAGCUCCCACUUUAUUUCUGGACAACGUUCAGUCGCUACGAUUCUCUGGAGGUGCUAAGUUAUUCUGGUCCCUGUGAGGGUUAGAGUCGCCUUAUUAGAAAGGCUGGAGAGAGGAGCUGCUGCACAAGUGAGAGAGUCAGAAUCCAGAUGUUUUCUGCAGCCUUGGAUCUGAUUGGUGGCUGCAGGUUUGGACCAUCCGGCUUCUCUAACAGGCUGAACAAACCGUCCUAAAGGGUCUAAUUAAUUGGUCAGUAGAAGCUGCUGCUGAGCUGAAGGUUACCGGCUCAGAACCAAAGCUGAUCUCUACCUUCCUCAGCUGGUCAAAAAACACCAACAAUGACCUGAGACACAGAAAAUAAUCUGACCCCAGACACAGAAGAUCUCAGCAGUUCAGCAACUCGGCAUAAAAACAAAUUUUUUUUCUCAUAGUUGGAUUUUUACUGUUCUGUAGUGAAAUAUUAGAAAAAUGCUGAGAGCAGGGAAAUGAUGACUUGACUGUAAUCUGGUUUUUAUCUAUUUACCAUCAUAAACAUGGAUACUAAUGUCUUCUUAAUCCAGAUUAAGGCGAGGAGCCUUUGGUUAGGCUCCGCCCCCCUGGAUGCUGCCCAAACAAGUUAGAAAAUAUGUUUAAUUUAUAAUUCUUAUUGUAAAUUAAUUUAGUUUCGCUAAACAAACAUCAGAACCAAACUUUUCACUGGAAGUUAAUAUUUUGCUUGUUUCUAUCAAUGAAGGAACCUGGACUAAAAAUAGUAACAAUUUUAUUUUUUAUUUUUAAAUGAUAUUUUAUUCCUUUCAAACUCUCAGAGUUCCUGUUCAGCAGUGGGUUAGUGGAGCAGAUUAUGAAGGCUGACAGGAAGCUCCUGAGAUGGAAAGAAGGAAACGUUGGAAACUGGAGAAUGAUUGAAAGGAGAAGGAUUUCAAAAUAAAAUGUAGAAGAUGAAACUGAUCCCUGAUGACUUUCACAUUAAAAUGCUGCAUUAUUGAAUUACAGGAAGUGAGAGAAAAACUUCCACGGGUUGAAAAAUCUUCUUUAAUAGUAGAAACAAAGACCUUCAUGGAGCAGAUUAAAGCAGGAUGGAAUCAUUUAUUAUCAUUUAUAAGCUUAUCUAUCAGCUCUGUAGAUUCCACUGUUGUUUAAAUUGAUGGUAUUUAUCUCUCUUAGAGACGUCAUGAGAAGCACCGAACCAACCAGAGACCAUUUCUAAGAUCCACGCUAACACUGCUCAGCUCAGAUAGCAAGUUUACCCAAUAUCACCAGCUGUGCUUAACCAGCUAAUCUAACCUGAACCCAUAAAGUUAAACAUCCAGCAGGACUUUAGCUGCAAGGCAACAUCUUGGUGCAGAAAGAUGGAAGUUUGUUGAUUUCUUUUAAAAUAAUGAUUGGAAACGUCUGAGUGCCUUUAACGCAGCCAUGGUUGGCUCUAAAUAAACAGAUGAGCACGUUAGACGGUGGAGAGGUGGAGGUUAGGGCUGCUGCUCCAAAGAAUACAUUCAGAAAGAGAAAGUUUCCAGAUAGUCAAAGAUUGGCCUCCAUGGAACAUCCCAGGUCAGAAUCAAUGCUGAAUGUUUAAAACAUUUCAAAAACAUCUGGAUGAUCCCAAAGAAUCUGGAAGUCUGUGGAUAGACCUGACAGACGUGGCCUUUGAGAAGCCAAGUGUCCUUCCACAUCAGGUGGAGCUGACCUCAUGCAGACGAUGUCCUUGGUUGCUCUGCUGCUGGAAGGAUCAUGACUGGGAAUCAGUUUGGGAUUAUAGGUUCAAACAGCUGUCAGGCUCACAUCAGAUGCUUUGGAUUCACGCUUAGAUCACUUCUCCUCCUAAUGUGGGCCUGAAGAAUCAAAGGAACCAAUCAGAAGAUUGGCUGAUGACAGUUUUAUACAUGAGACCAGGUUGACGUUUGAAAGAACUGAACAGCUUAUCUCGGUAUGAUUCAAAUGUUUUAAAACUGUUAGCAUGUGGCGGCAUGCAUCAGCUGCUUCCUAACUGUUCAAUCUUUGCAGUAUUAAAGCGUCUGUCUGGUAGGGUGCUAAAGACAGGAGGACUGGGCCUGAAUGUGGGACAGUAGAAGUGAACGAAUGUCAUUGGUUGGAAGGAACAAAGACUAAAUGUGACAAAGUUUUCAUUCAGAGCGGUUGGAGAGUCGGACGCUGUUCCUCCCUGAACACUUUGCUAACGUGCUUCCUGUUUGAUCCACAAGCAGAACCGUGGUGCUUAUUGACUUGUUUCUUCUCCGCUCAGAGGAAAAGGACUUUUGCUCCUCAGACAAUCUCUGCUUCCUGUCCCAUCUAGCGGUGAAGAAAGGCGGAGCCUCCACAGCGGAUGGAUGGACAGCAGACUAAGAGAGGGACUGUUUGCUGCCUGUAUAUUUUACCUUUCAAUAUUACUGGAUGUUUAAGAGCAAUUUUGAUGAAUGAAUGUACAACCUUCUGAGAUUAAAGUCUUCAUUUACUGUUAAACAUCUUUUUCAUCUUUGUUGAGGACAUUUGGACGAAUGGAGACGUCCAUUACAUCCAGCAGCUACCUUUUCAUAGAAUCCGAUAAGGCUGCUGUGGUUAUGAGGCUCCUGUCAGCAUCAAAUAAAAGCUUAUCAGUGAUCAGCA